GACCCAAAAGAACCAAUAAUCUAGGGUUUUGUUUUGCGGUUCUUUUAAAUCUCUGUACAAAGCUACAAAGCGAACUCUAUCGCAAGCCGCUUCCAGCUGAACGAGGGAGAGAAGUUCCUUGACUGUUCUUUUUCCAGGUGAGUGAUGAAGCAUAACAAUGUUGUGCCUAAUGGGCACUUUAAAAAGCACUGGCAGAACUAUGUCAAGACAUGGUUUAACCAACCUGCUCGCAAGACUAGGAGACGAGUUGCUCGCCAACAGAAAGCUGUGAAGAUCUUUCCUCGACCAACCGCUGGGCCUCUUCGUCCGAUUGUCCAUGGACAGACUUUGAAGUAUAAUAUGAAAGUGAGGGCUGGUAGAGGAUUCACCCUUGAAGAACUUAAGGCUGCUGGUAUUCCAAAGAAACUAGCCCCUACAAUUGGAAUAGCUGUUGACCAUCGGAGAAAGAACCGUUCAUUGGAGGGCCUACAAACCAAUAUUCAGAGGCUGAAGACCUACAAGGCCAAAUUGGUUGUCUUCCCGAGACGUGCUCGCAAGUUCAAGGCUGGGGAUUCUGCUCCUGAGGAGUUGGCAACAGCAACCCAAGUACAAGGACAAUACAUGCCUAUUGUGCGUGAGAAACCAUCCGUGGAUCUUGUUAAGGUCACGGAGGAGAUGAAAUCUUUCAAGGCAUAUGACAAGCUGCGUGUGGAGCGGAUGAAUGAGAGACACAUUGGUGCUAGAUUGAAGAAGGCAGCAGAGGCUGAGAAAGAAGACAAGAAGUAGGAGUUUUGACCUAUUCAAUCAGAAUCUGAAAGUGUUGAUGUUGGACUGCUUAUUUUGCAAGUUCUGCUUGAUUUUAUUCCCUGGAAUUGUCUCAAUCCAUUUUGAAUGUUGUUUGAGUAUUUGAUGUUACAUAUAAUGGUUAGACUUUUCUCCAAUUUUGUUUUGGGAUCGCUUGUUGAAUCAAGUAGAUUUUUGGCACUGCUUAGCUUCCUGAUGGCAACAGUUAAACUAAUACAAUCGUUAUUUAUUAUCUAGA